CUUUCUAACGUAGGCUCACGCGCUGGUACUGGCCAGCGCAGAGGCAGGUGGAACUGCUUCCGGUAGUUUGUCAGUGUGAGAUCAUCCGAUGACUGGCCUGCUGAGGUCCUCCCUCCCUCUCAGUGCUCAUUAAGAUUUCGGGAAUGGGGAAGUGAGGUGGGAGGAGGUGAGAAGGCAGGAGGCAGGGAGGUAAGGAGAGGGGAGGUUGGUCCUCUGAAACGUAUUUAUAGCGAUAAACUGGAUUCGCCCCAAGUAUUUCCCAAUGGUCGGAGCGAGCGGAUCACCUUAAGCACGCUGUGCUCGUCUUUUCUUCUCUUCAGUGCCGCACAGAGAGCGACAGGACACAGGUGGAGCACAAAGUGAGCUCAGUUUCAUCUUCCUCCAGCUGUCAUGGAUGUCAGUGAUGUGGAGCCUAAGCAGCAUGAGCUGGUGUCACACCGAGGCUUCAAGCUGAUCCACGGGACGCAUGAUCCAGAUGAUGUGGACAAGAUAUAUAACCUAGAGAUCAGAGACUCGGACGUGUUUGUCGUGACCUACCCAAAAUCAGGGACCAUCUGGAUGCAGCAGAUACUGCUGCUCUUCGAGGUGAAGGGAGAUGUGACAGCCGUCAGUGAGCUCAACAGCCAGUGCAACGCUGAUCUCAUCCCCUGGAUUGAGGUGAAAGGCAGCAGACAGGCGUUCAUCACAGCCCCCUCACCCAGGCUGAGGGUCACCCAUCUGCAGUACCAGUUCAUGCCUGCUGCUCUGAGCCAGAAGAAGGGCAAGGUGAUCUAUGUGGCGAGAAAUCCCAAAGAUGUCCUCGUGUCCUACUUCCACUUCCAUAAGCUUGCAAACAUGCUGGAAACUCCAAAGGAUUUUGAUGAUUUCUUUGAGAAAUUCAUGAGAGGAGAAGUGUUUGGCAGCAGCUGGUUUGAGCACAUUAAGUCUUGGUACUCACACAAGGAUGAUAUGAACAUGCUGUUCAUCACUUAUGAAGAAAUGAUUCAGGACCUGCAGUCAGCAGUAGAGAGGAUCUCCUCGUUUCUGGGAAAAGAGCUGACUGGUGAGCAGCUGGCAAAUGUGGUGAGAUACAGCACCUUCAACAACAUGAAGAAGAUCCCUCAGGCCAACUAUGAGCAGGUGUCGGGUGACCUGCUCAACCAUCGCCAGGGAACAUUCAUGAGGAAAGGCACCAUUGGAGACUGGAAGAAUCACUUCACUGUGGCCCAAAAUGAGCGCUUUGACAAAGUCUUCUGCAGAGAGAUGGAGGACUUCGCUCUGACUUUAAUCUGGGACAUCAGAGACACCAAGUUCAGCCAAAGUCACAGUGCAGCUUUAUGAACACCAUUCUAAAACAUUAUUCAUUUCAGCUUUUGCGGUGUCUUUGUUGCUUCCACAGAGUUGAUCAGACACACUGUAGUUUCUUCCUUCCGUCCAUCUUUGGUUUCCAUUCAUUUUAUUAUACUUUGAAAAUCUAUGCAAAGCUCUGUUACAGAGGCAAGCAGACUUUUUCUCAGUGUAGCAACACUUGUUUUCUUGUGCUCAUUGAAAACAAAUCUCCUGUAGAUGUCUGACUCUAAGCUUCUCUCUGUAGAUAAUGAACAGCUUCUUGAGUUUGGUCUGUCAUGUUUGUUUUCUACACAGCUGCAUUAUUGUAUUAUUGUUUAGUAAUGCACUGCACACACUUUAAAACAAUCUUCACUUACAAUAGUAUUACCACAGAGCUGGUAUGGGGCUAAAAAGUCUAUCCUGUUUAGUUUUGUACCGCAGUGAAAAGUAACAUCAAUAUUUUUUAUGGAAUUCUAUGAACGCUAAAUCUACUAGAGUUUAUAUUGAUAGUCACAUGAAUCAGGGCUGAAACAUGAAAAUAAUAGUGAAAGCGUAACUCUGUGUCUGUGCAGGGGACAAAGUUCUGUAUUAAUGUCAACUUCCAUGGAAACAGCUGCUAAACUGCUGAAGGGGGGAAUCAAGUUGCAUGACUUCAGACCUCAUCUAUCAAUCAGACUCGUCUGUGUACAUGUAUAAGUAGCCUAGUUAUUUUAAAACCUUAGUUGACUCAGUUUAUAUUAAAGUAAUUCUGCAAAUACAGAUUGGAAAAUGCAUCCAUGCACCAAAGUGUGACACUGUUUCAAAUAUUUAAACACAAUAUCCAAAAGGGUGCAUAAUGACGUGUUAAUAAUUAAAAACACAAAGUUCAGGAUUUACCGGAUGACUUGAACUCACUGGACUUUAUCCCUCUCUGAAACUUUUUUAAAUGGAUAACUCUUAAGAAACAAUUAUUAACACUGCAUAUUCAUGUAUGCUGAACAUAGUAAGAGCUUUAUUAUACUCACAGAAUACAUUCCACUAAAUAUGUUGUGGUGUAGCAGUAUCACAUGAGGAUGAUGAUGCUGCAGGUCAGGUCACGUGUCAGGUGUAAGAUGAAGGCUUUGGCUGAAAAACAAAAUGCUGUAUAGGUAGCUGCUGAAACAAGUCUGAAACCAUGAAGCGCUGAGCCUAACUUACUCAUUCUAUGCUCAGAUUGUCCAGAAUUUACCUCCAGAGGUAAAUUAUAUAUUUUUUUAUAUGACUCCGUGUUUGAUUCAGGCAAACUUCUUGUGUUGUGACUGCUUGAUAUUAAACUCUGAUGCAUUCCAGAAAUUAAUCUAA